AUGAAAGUUACGAAGAGACGGCCCCCAGUCCCCGGUGGCCCCGCUAUUCCUGGCUACGGUGGUGACCACGGUAACGGCGGGGCAUGGGGUGCUAAUAAUCUCCGGUGGAGGUUCGGUUGCCACCUACGACGACUCGACCUGGCAACUUAUAACGCACGCACCAUCCAUGGCAUGACUUGGGAUAGGAUUGCAUUGUCUUGGAUUAUCUUACGCUGCCACUGGACGGCACACGAGGACUGUCAAAACUACUUGUGGCGUUUUUUUAAUCAAAAAUCCCAAGAUUUCUACAGCAACGGGAUUAUAUCACUACCUACAAGAUGGCUACAAGUUAUCGAACAAAAUGGCACAUAUAUAUUAUAA